UGGCGGCGGCGUUGGUGGCGGCAGUGGACGGGGCGGCUGGGCCUGGAACAGUCGGAGCAGCCGCUGGCAGAAGGAUGACCCAAGACGGGAAGCGGGCUGCUGAGCCUCGCCGGCUCCCGUGCUUGUAACUGCCCCAGCCGGACACCCCCCCCUUGACCUACCCGCCCUUCAGUGAAUCAACCGACCUAUUUUCUCAGGAGCUCAGCCUGGCCCAACUUCAGUGAUAAAGAAGGAAAGGCUGGCUACGGUAAACAUCGCUCAAGAUGUCCAGCAAAGGGAACGGCGCAGAAGGCAAAACAGACUUAGCCAACGGAAGCCUGUCUAGCAGUCCAGAGGAGAUGUCUGGCGCUGAGGAGGGGAGGGAGACAUCCUCAGGCAUUGAAGUGGAAGCCUCAGACCUGAGCUUGAGCUUGACUGGGGAUGAUGGUGGCCCCAACCGUGCCAGCACAGGAAGCCGGGGUACAGAUACGGAGAGCUCAGGUGAAGACAAGGACUCUGACAGCAUGGAAGACACUGGCCAUUACUCCAUCAACGACGAAAACCAAGUCCAUGACCGCUCAGAGGAAGAAGAGGAAGAAGAGGAGGAGGAGGAGGAAGCGCACCCUCGGCGCCGUGUCCAGCGGAAGCGGGCCAACCGUGACCAGGACUCAUCAGAUGAUGAGCGGGCCCUGGAGGACUGGGUGUCUUCGGAGACAUCCGCCCUGCCUCGACCUCGGUGGCAAGCCCUUCCUGCCCUUCGGGAGCGGGAGCUGGGUUCUAGCGCCCGCUUUGUCUAUGAGGCUUGCGGAGCAAGAGUCUUUGUGCAGCGUUUCCGCCUGCAGCAUGGGCUCGAGGGCCAUACUGGUUGUGUCAACACCCUGCACUUUAACCAGCGCGGCACCUGGCUGGCCAGUGGCAGCGAUGACCUGAAAGUGGUGGUUUGGGACUGGGUGCGGCGGCAGCCAGUGCUGGACUUUGAGAGCGGCCACAAAAGCAAUGUCUUCCAGGCCAAGUUCCUUCCUAACAGUGGUGACUCCACCCUGGCCAUGUGUGCCCGUGACGGGCAGGUGCGGGUAGCAGAGCUGUCUGCCACACAGUGUUGCAAGAACACGAAGCGUGUGGCCCAGCACAAGGGAGCGUCCCACAAGUUGGCCCUGGAACCGGACUCUCCCUGUACGUUCCUGUCUGCAGGUGAAGACGCCGUUGUUUUCACCAUUGACCUCAGACAAGACCGGCCAGCUUCGAAACUGGUGGUGACAAAAGAGAAGGAGAAGAAAGUGGGGCUCUAUACGAUCUAUGUGAAUCCUGCCAAUACCCACCAGUUUGCAGUGGGUGGACGAGAUCAGUUUGUAAGGAUUUACGACCAGAGGAAAAUUGAUGAGAAUGAGAACAACGGAGUGCUCAAGAAGUUCUGUCCUCACCACCUGGUGAACAGUGAGUCCAAAGCAAACAUCACCUGUCUUGUGUUCAGCCACGACGGCACAGAGCUCCUGGCCAGUUACAACGACGAAGACAUUUACCUCUUCAACUCCUCUCACAGCGACGGGGCCCAGUAUGUGAAGAGAUACAAGGGCCACAGAAAUAAUGCCACAGUAAAAGGCGUCAAUUUCUAUGGCCCCAAGAGCGAGUUUGUGGUGAGCGGCAGCGACUGCGGGCACAUCUUCCUCUGGGAGAAGUCCUCCUGCCAGAUCGUGCAGUUCAUGGAGGGGGACAAGGGAGGCGUGGUAAACUGUCUUGAGCCCCACCCUCACCUGCCUGUGCUGGCAACCAGCGGCCUAGACCAUGAUGUCAAGAUCUGGGCACCCACCGCUGAAACUUCCACUGAGCUGACGGGGCUGAAGGAUGUGAUUAAGAAGAACAAGCGGGAGCGGGAUGAAGACAGCUUGCACCACACCGACCUGUUUGACAGCCACAUGCUCUGGUUCCUCAUGCAUCACCUGAGACAGAGACGCCACCACCGGCGCUGGCGAGAGCCUGGGGUCGGGGCCACAGAUGCAGACUCGGAUGAGUCCCCCAGCUCCUCAGACACAUCGGACGAGGAGGAGGGCCCCGACCGGGUGCAGUGCAUGCCUUCCUGAGGCCUCGGACCCAGGAGGGGCGGGCCGGAGCUGCCAACCCCGAUCCUGCCUGGACAGCCCUUUCCUGUCUCAGGCCCUUACCUUCAGCAGAAACGCACUUUGGACUUUUUGCUUUAGAUAAAAGAAAGACCUCCUGGGAGAAAGACCGGAGGGGGCGCAAACCUGCGGAGUAGCUAGGAGUAGGAGCCAGGCCCUGGCGUGGGCUCCGCGGAGAGGUGCAGAGGGCUCAGCAGAAACAGCCUCUCCCCAAAGCCUUGUUUUUUUUGGGAGGGGGGAGCCUAUUUUGUUAACUGGUUUGGGGUAGGGAAUGGGGUUUCCUUUUCUUUAAUCUCCCUUGUUUCUUGGGUGGGGGGUGGGGAUAACUGGCUGUUCAGUACCAAUGGGCCGGGGUGGGGGCGGUGGAUGUGCCGUUCUCUCUUUGGUUUAGGUUGUUGACCUUUUUCUUUAUGUUUUAAAAGUCUGUGACAGUUGCAUUCCCCUGCCCCCCCCCACCCCCCGCCGCCCCCAGACGACCCCAUCCCAGGAUCCCCUUAUUCUGGGGAGUCCUUGGAGCCCCUAACCGCCCCACACUCUUCACUGUCCUUCCCACGGUGUUUCACACAUGCCCUUCUCUUCAUCCCGUCACCCCUAACUAGGUCUGGUGAGGGGGGCUGGGGUGGCGGGAGGAGGGGCAGAAGUGGAGGAAGGAUAGGAAGGAUGUUACCUCUUCUGUUACUUAAAAGUUGUUUGGUGGCAGCAGUCUCCUUGCCCUGUCACUGUUAGAGGCCUAAUUUUAUAUCUAUAAAUAUAUUAAAAAGCAAGUCAAACUUG